AUGGCAAAGAAUCUACUCGCACGGCUGUGGGUCGCCUUUACGGUCAUCACGAUAGGCACAGCACAGCAGAGCCGAACUCAAGACCUUUGUACGGACCUAACAGAACAAGGUAAUGCAACAGGAGCCACUGAUACGACAGUCAGCUCCGACUCCAACCUAGGAGCCUGGAGAAUCAGCGUCCGCUCCAACUACUCCGCCGCGACGCUCUCCGCCAUCCCAGGUGUCAACACAAGCUCAUCCCCCGGUGCUGAGGCGGAUGUCUGGUUUGACCCAUUCACCAGCACGGACCUCACCUCCGGCACCAACUGGUAUAGCGCGUGCUCAUUUAUCUUCCGCAACCUUCCCAACAACUUGAUCCGCCGGGGCCAGACGGACCGCGGCAUCUGCUCGCAGAUGCUGUCAUCCGAGUGCGUCCACGCGCUGGAAGAGCGCACCGCCAAUGUUGCGCGCGGCUUGACCGGCAACCCUAUCCCGCAGGGGAAUCUCACGGCGGCGGUGCUGGACCCCAUCUGUUCUGAGAUCCGCCGCUCCAUCGGCGAGCCCUCGCUAGCGUCGCGCGAUGAGCCACCGGAGGUGCCUCUCCCGAAGGAAUGCGACCCCUACUUCCAGCCCGACGAACUCGACCCUGCAGGGCUCCCGGAGAUGUUCAUCGUCGACGCCUACACGCUUACCUCGAAUGAAACUACCACCAGCGAUGACGGCCUCAAUUGCUCCGCCGCCCUCCCAAACUCCGCGAAAUACGGCCAACAAUCCUACUCGUUCCCCCGCGACACCGGACUUGUGGGUAGCACCUACGGAGUCUUUGACCUGCCCUUUCCCGACGCGUAUGACGAGCUCGUCCACCAGGUCUGGCCCAUCUUGACAGUCGUGUUCCCGCAGGCGAACAACUCGAGGGAGAGGCUGGUGGAUCUGGCCUACGGGACGAUGACAUGCUUGAGGGCACGCGACGUGAGGGAAGGCAGCCGUGUGCCCGUGCAAUUGGAGGACGGCGACGAAGUGAGCUUCCCCGGUGCAGGCAUGGGAAGCGGCCAGAUUGCGGGCGUCGCCGUGGGUGUGAGCGUUGCGGUACUGUUGGUGCUGGGAGGGGCUGCGUGGUGGUACUUCAGGAGACGGAGAAGAAACGCCAGGGAGGCUGGAUCAGGGCGGCGAAAGGCACUUCAGGAUGAGGAUGCACGGCCGGUCAUGUUGAGCGAAGUAGACGCUUCUCCUGGUGGAGCUGGUCGCCUCGAAUUGGCUGGGAAACAGAAGCCGUCCGAACUGGAUGGCCAGACGACGGAGUGCUUUGAGAUGCCGGCGAGAGAAGAGGUUGGGAAAGAACUUCCUGCCAGGUGA